AUCGUACCCAGAAUGCAAAGUGAGACGCCGAAACCUCGGCAGCAGCAGCAGCAGCAGCAGCAGGAUCCUGGAGUGGUGCAGGUUAUCAUGGCGAUAAGAUAAAAGAGCCACAUCUUCACUGCUAGUCUCACAACAACAAUAACACAGAGCUCCGGAGCAGAGCCGGGACCUUAAACCACGUCUGUCCCACAGUCAGCAGAGACAACCGGGGACACAGUAGCAAUGGCAGCGUCGGAGCUCUUCACAAAGCGUGCUCGGGUGUGGAUCCCCGAUGCUGAGGAAGUGUGGAAGUCCGCUGAGCUCACCAAGGACUACAAAAAUGGCGACGCCUCUCUGCAGCUCAUGCUGGAGGAUGGAACGAACAUUGAGCACACGCUGGACCCGAAGACGAAGAACCUGCCUUACCUGCGAAACCCUGACAUCCUGGUGGGAGAAAAUGACCUCACAGCGCUCAGCUACCUCCACGAGCCGGCUGUGCUCCACAACCUCAAAGUCCGCUUCAUCGACUCUAAGCUCAUCUACACUUACUGUGGAAUCGUUCUGGUGGCCAUCAACCCGUACGAGCCGCUGCAAAUCUAUGGAACAGAUAUCAUCAAUGCCUACAGCGGUCAGAACAUGGGAGACAUGGACCCCCAUAUCUUUGCUGUGGCAGAGGAGGCUUACAAACAGAUGGCCAGGGACGAGAGGAACCAGUCAAUUAUCGUGAGUGGGGAGUCCGGAGCAGGAAAGACGGUAUCAGCCAAAUAUGCCAUGAGAUACUUUGCUACAGUCAGUGGCGCCGCCAGCGAGGCCAACGUGGAGGAGAAAGUCUUGGCUUCCAAUCCCAUCAUGGAGGCCAUUGGAAACGCAAAGACCACCAGGAACGACAACAGCAGUCGCUUUGGCAAAUACAUUGAGAUUGGCUUCGACAACCGCUACCGCAUCAUCGGUGCCAACAUGAGAACGUAUCUACUGGAAAAAUCACGAGUGGUCUUUCAGGCAGAUGAGGAGAGGAAUUAUCAUAUCUUCUAUCAGCUCUGUGCAUCAUCACAUCUGCCUGAGUUCAAGAUUCUGAAUCUGAGCAGAGCAAAUGACUUCCUGUACACGAGACAAGGCCACAGCCCCGUAAUCGAAGGUGUGGAUGACACCAAGGAGCUCCGCAACACACGCCAUGCCUUCACUCUGCUCGGUAUCAAUGAGUCCUAUCAGAUGGGGUUGUUUCAAGUUUUGGCUGCAAUUCUUCAUCUUGGAAACGUGGAGAUAAAGGACAGAGAUUCAGACAGCAGUGUCAUUGCUCCCAACAAUCGACACCUGAUGGCGUUCUGCGAGCUGGUGGGCGUGGCCUAUCAGGACAUGUCUCACUGGCUGUGCCACAGGAAGCUGAAGACGACCUCGGAGACGUAUAUCAAGCCCCUCCCUCGCCUGCAAGCCACCAACGCCCGCGACGCACUUUCCAAACACAUCUACGCUAAGCUCUUCAACUGGAUCGUAGAACACGUCAACAAGGCUCUGAUCACGAACAUCAAACAGCACUCCUUCAUUGGCGUCCUUGACAUCUACGGGUUUGAGACAUUUGAGAUCAAUAGCUUCGAGCAGUUCUGCAUCAACUAUGCUAAUGAGAAACUCCAGCAGCAAUUCAACAUGCAUGUGUUCAAGCUGGAGCAGGAGGAGUACAUGAGGGAGCAGAUUCCCUGGACUCUGAUAGACUUCUAUGACAAUCAGCCCUGUAUCAACCUCAUAGAAGCUAAGAUGGGAAUCCUGGACCUGCUGGACGAGGAGUGCAAAAUGCCAAGAGGUUCUGAUGAUUCCUGGGCUCAGAAACUGUACAACACCCAUCUGAAAACCUGCUCCCUGUUCGAGAAGCCGCGCAUGUCCAACCGCGCCUUCAUCAUCCAACAUUUUGCUGACAAGGUAGAGUACCAGUGUGACGGUUUCCUGGAGAAAAACAAGGACACUGUGAAUGAAGAACAGAUCCAUGUGCUGAAGGCCAGCAAGUUUGACCUCCUGGUGGAACUGUUUCGAGAUGGGGAGAAAGCAACCAGUCCCACAGGUCAGGUUCCUGGGACUGGAGGCCGGACCCGCCUCAGCAUCAAACCUGACAAGGGUCGGGAGAAGAGCAGCAAGGAUCACAAGAAGACGGUCGGCUGCCAGUUUCGUAACUCUUUGCAAAUGCUGAUGGAGACACUGAAUGCAACCACCCCUCAUUACGUCCGCUGCAUCAAACCCAAUGACUUCAAGAUGGCCUUCUCCUUCGAUCCUAAACGUGCAGUGCAGCAGCUCAGAGCCUGCGGUGUCCUGGAAACCAUCCGCAUCUCUGCUGCAGGCUUCCCAUCCAGGUGGACGUACCAAGAGUUCUUCAGUCGUUACAGAGUGCUGAUGAAGCAGAAGGAUGUGCUUUCUGACAAAAAGUUGACUUGCAGAAAUGUUCUGGAGAAACUCGUGCAGGACCAAGAUAAAUACCAGUUUGGUAAGACCAAGAUCUUCUUCAGAGCUGGACAGGUUGCUUAUCUAGAGAAGUUGAGGGCGGACAAGUUGCGUGCUGCAUGCAUCCGCAUCCAAAAAACCAUCCGCUGCUGGCUGGCACGCAAGAAGUACCUGCGCAUGCGCAGUGCUGCAAUCACCAUCCAGAGGUUCACCAGAGGAUACCAGGCACGCUGCCUGGCCAAGUUCAUGCGUCGUACCCAGGCGGCCACCAUCAUCCAGAAGUACCAGAGAAUGGUUGUAGAGAGAAAACGCUACAGGCAGAAGCAGGCUGCUGCCCUGGCGAUGCAGACUAUCCUCAGAGCUUAUAUGGCCCGACAGAAAUACCAGAUGCUACUGCGCGAGCACAAGGCAGUCAUCAUUCAGAAGCGUAUUCGUGGCUGGUUGGCUCGCUGCUGGUACAAGCGCUGCCUCGAAUCCAUCGUCAUCCUUCAGUGCUGCAUCCGCAGGAUGAGGGCCAGGCAAGAGUUGAAGAAGCUAAAGAUCGAGGCUCGCUCGGUGGAGCACUUCAAGAAGCUCAACAAAGGCAUGGAGAACAAGAUCAUGCAGCUGCAGAGAAAGAUCGACGAGCAGCACAAGGAUAAUCGCUUACUCAAUGAGAGGCUUUCUGGUCUGGAGACCUCCUACACAACAGAGAGUGAAAAAAUGCGCGGCGAGCUCAGCCGACUGCGUGGGUAUGAGGAGGAGGCCAAGAACAAAACCAACCAGGUGUCAUCGCUGCUGGAGGAGCUGGAGCGGGUGAAGAAGGAGCUGAGUACCACACAGCAGGAGAAGAAGACCAUCGAGGACUGGGCGCAGACGUACAGGAGCGAAAUGGAAAAAAUGGUCUCGGAGCUGAAGGAACAGAACGGCUCGCUGAAGAAGGAGAAGGACGACUUGAACAGGUCGAUUCAGGAACAGAGUCAGCAGAUGACAGCGAAAAUGGCGCGUGCGAUAGCAGAGGAGACUCAGCAGCUGGAGACGGAUUUGAACGAGGAACGGUCUCGCUACCAGAAUCUCUUGACGGAACACCUCCGCCUCGAGGAGAAAUACGACGACCUGAAGGAGGCGAUGGUUCUUUCCUCGAACAAGCCUGGCCACAGGAGAACGGAUUCCACCCACAGCAGCAACGAGUCAGAGUACACCUACAACUCCGAGUACGCUGAAAUGGAAGAAGGUUCCCGUGCUGGAGAAGAUGUGACGCGAGGAAUAGACACCUCGCUGACCCUGAAGCUGCAGAAGCGUCUCACAGAGCUCGAGCAAGAGAAGCAGUCACUGCGCAACGAACUGGAAAACAAAGAGGAUCAGUUCCAACGGGCCAGAGCUAGGGAUAAUGCCGAGUUUAAAAAGGCUCGUGGGGCAGAGCUGGAGUAUGAGUCCCUCAAGCGUCAGGAGCUGGAGUCAGAGAACAAGAAGAUGAGGCAUGAUCUGGCAGACAUGAGACGAAGCCUUCUGGGAAAUGCAGCUACAAGCGCUGGGGCGCCAGGCUCCCCUGCUUACAAGGUGCUGCUGGACCAGCUCAACGCCUCAUGUGAGGAGCUGGAGGUCCGCAAGGAGGAAGUUCUGAUCCUGCGCUCCCAACUGGUCAGUCAGAAGGAAGCCAUGCACCACAAGGAGACCAUGACAGAGCCGUCGGUCUCUGUUCAGGAUGUGUCGAAACUGAAGGACUCUGAUGAAAUCAAACAAGCCUACAUAGGACUCAAAGACACCAACAGAUCUGCUGCUCCAGACUUCCAUAAGCUGAAUGAGGACGGAGAGCUGUGGCUGGUUAAUCAGGGCUUAAAGGAGACCAUCAGGUUACUGGAACACCAGCUGCAGACUCAGCGGAGAACUCACGAUAGUGAGGUGGAAGUGAUGCGCGGCGAGCUGCAGAGUGUCAAGGAGGAAAAUAGUCGUCAGCAGCAGCUCUUGGCCCAAAACCUCCAGCUGCCCCCAGAGGCUCGAAUCGAAGCCAGUCUGCAGCAUGAGAUCACCCGGCUCACCAACGAGAACCUGGAACUCUUGGCCGAGGACCCUGCAGCAUCCAGAGAGGCUCGCGUCGUCAUUUUACGACGGAUGGUUGAUCUCAUGGAGCAGCUGGAGAAGCAGGACCGAACCAUCCGCAAGCUCAAGAAGCAGCUGAAGGUUUACUCCAAGAGGAUUGGAGAAAUGGGAGCGGGUCAAACUGAGGGACAGACAUCUCCAGGACAGAUGGUGGAAGAGCCAAUCCAUCCUGUCAACAUUCCCCGCAGGGAAAAAGACUUCCAGGGAAUGCUGGAGUACAAGAAGGAGGAUGAGCUCAAACUCGUCAAGAACCUCAUCCUGGAACUGAAGCCGCGUGGCGUAGCAGUGAAUCUGAUCCCAGGUCUGCCCGCCUACAUCCUCUUCAUGUGUCUGAGACAUGCCGACUAUGUCAAUGAUGACCAGAAGGUCCGCACUCUGCUCACGUCAACCAUCAACAGUAUUAAGAAGAUACUAAAGAAACGAGGAGAUGACUUUGAGACGGUCUCUUUCUGGUUGGCGAACACCUGUCGCUUCCUGCACUGUCUGAAACAAUACAGCGGAGAUGAUGCUUUCAUGAAGCACAACACAUCGAGGCAAAAUGAACACUGUCUGUCCAACUUUGACCUGGCGGAGUACAGACAGGUGAUCAGUGACCUGGCCAUCCAGAUUUAUCAGCAGCUGAUCAAAUGCAUGGAGAACAUCCUCCAGCCCAUGAUAGUCUCUGCCAUGCUGGAACAUGAGACCAUCCAGGGUGUUUCGGGGGUGAAGCCCACUGGUCUCCGCAAACGGACGUCCAGUAUCGCCGACGAGGGCACCUACACCCUGGACUCCAUCCUGCGGCAGCUCAGCGCCUUCCACUCCACCAUGUGUCAGCACGGCACUGACCCCGAGCUCAUCAAACAAGUGGUGAAGCAGCAGUUCUACAUCAUCGGAGCCGUCACCCUCAACAACCUGCUGCUACGCAAGGACAUGUGCUCCUGGAGCAAAGGCAUGCAGAUCAGGUACAACGUGAGCCAGCUGGAGGAGUGGCUCAGAGACAAAGGUUUGAUGCUUUGUGGAGCCAAGGAGACUCUGGAGCCGCUGAUCCAGGCCGCUCAGCUGCUGCAGGUGAAGAAAAAGACGGACGAGGACGCUGAGGCCAUCUGCUCAAUGUGCCAGGCCCUCACCACAGCUCAGAUCGUCAAAGUCCUGAACCUCUACACUCCAGUUAAUGAGUUUGAGGAGAGGGUGUCUGUGGCAUUCAUACGAACUAUACAGACUCGAUUGCGAGACCGUUGUGAGAGUCCCCAGUUGUUGAUGGACACAAAGGUGAUAUAUCCAGUCACCUUCCCGUUCACCCCGUCCUCCCUCGCCCUGGAAACCGUCCAGAUCCCCGGCUCACUCAACCUGGGCUUCCUCACCCGAGUUUAAACCGAGGCCACACAGGACAGCUAUAAGAGUUUCUCUUUUUCUGUUUGGCAUUGUGGCUCCUGUUGGAACCUCGAGACACAUGACACCCACUGGCCCACAAAGGCCUGUAAUUAUAUCAUCAGAUAAACACAUUUUCCGUCACAAACACUCAAUAAUUAUGAUCUCUAUGAACACAAUUUCAGCAAAAAAAAAAGGUGUCAUGGUAUCCUGAUCCUCUUAAAUGUCCCUGGUCUAAACCUGGACACGAACACACAAAACACACAAUCGACAAGCUCCACUUUCAUCAUGCAUUUCAACAUCCACUAAACAUAGACACGCAUGCCUUUGCUUGACGUGCACCACAAAAAAAAAAGUACAGGUGCACAAAGUUGCUGUAAAAAAACCCCACCAUAAUCCGCCUAGUGCUUGUAUAAACGCGUCUUAGAGAAGCCACAGGACCCGCUCAACACCUGCAGCGCUCGCUGGCGUUGACCCUGCUCGCCUCAGCGUCGUCCUCUGUGUCUCAGCUUAGUUCCAGCUCUCGUCUUCGUUCCGCAGUGACAAGUGUACACACCCCGUACGUGACGCCCAGAGGACGAUGAUGUGUGAUGUAGUGUCAUAUGUUGGGUUUGUACCACAGACAGAAGUGUCCGGUCGGGCCGCGUGCCAACGUUAGCUCGCUCUCUUUCUGUCCACCCCAUGCUGAGGUCACCACGAACCACACGGCGUUCUGUUCUAUGCUGUUGUUUUCCUCUCCGAAGUAGUCGACACAAGCCGAGACGGAGCUCAUCAUUUGUACUAUAUUAGUUAUACAUAUAUACAUAUAUAUAUAUAUUAAUAAUAUAUCAUGUAUUUUAUUUAUUGCCUAUGUCUCCGUCCCCGCCCUCCAUUUUUAAUGACGACAAGCUUCCUCUUUGCAGAAAAUGUGUCCAGUAUGAAUACAUGAUGGGACCAUCAUUUCCCCAAGAUGAGCAGCUUUGUAAAGGGCGUUUUAGUUCAGGUAUAGGUUAUUUAUGUCCGUAUCAGGUACGUUUUGUAGGCUAGUUAAACAAGUGCAGGCACAGACGAUUGUUUGUUAGUUUGCUCCGCUUGCAGAGAUGCUGCUUUGUUGUGACACCCCCGCGUUUGUGGCAAAUAAAGUGUAGCAAGGGUUUUAAUUGAGUUUUUGGGGGUUUAAACUGCUAAAUCUUUUACUGUUUGCAGCCGUGACAGAGAGAGAUUCUCGGCUCACAGCUUUGAAAAUGUUUCACCCUCGUUGUGCGGUUAAUUAUUUCCGGCGUUGUCAUUUUGCAUCGUCGAGCCAUGCGUCGCGUUUGUACGUCACGGAGAGAGAGACGGUUUCACAGCGCGAAGCACAACAGCGCCACGUGAAUGCAUCUUCAGAUCUGAUCACGGAAACCACAUUCUGAUUUCAUGUCACAGCAGCGCGACUAGAGCUUCGAUUCACUCGGCUUCUCCCGACACACACGUGAAUUUUGUCCUUGCAAAACAUGACAUGUCCACUUGUGAAUGAAUCUUUAAAAAAAACGUUCUCACACUAAUGCUAACUGUGGUUUUAUGAUUACAGAUAUCUAAGAACUGUCACGCCUUUCUGUACAGCUGUUUUUUUUGUAACCAAAUCACAUGCACGUCAUUGUUGUUGUCACUCUCUGUUUGUAUGUUUUGGUCCAGAUAUAAAGACUUAUUUGGUUCUUGAGUGCACCACAGAACUCACUCGGUCAGGAUGUUGCACUGUGUACAGCCGCCUGUUGAACAUGCAUGGACUUAGCUUUAUAGGAACUGAACCUCCAUGUUACUGCUGUUUAAUUUUGCCCAUAGUGAAGCCGUGGUGUUCACUGAGUCAUUGAGGUUGUUUUUCCCCCCUUUUGUGCCAUUAGUAUUAGCAGUCAACCAAAUUUGCCUCUGUGGACCUUAUUUUGCCUCACAACCUUAUUCCUUAAUGAUCUACACUUUUUUUGUUUUGUUUACAUACAGCAAUUGUGAAUGGUCACCAAAACGAAAACUCUUUUUGUUUGUUUGUUUAAUUUAAAGUCGAAAGCUGAAUCUUCUGAAAGGAACAAAUGAAAUAAAGGAUGGAAAAUAAUUCCAGUGGCGAGACGAACCAGGGAAAUAUGAACAUGCUGAGAGAUAAAAAGUGAAGUAUCUCAUUAAAUGCCGUGAAGCAGACCGCCGUGUCUCUCGGGCACAGGCCACAGAUGGAGUGGAAUAUCAACUUAAUGUGUAAUAAUAAGGUGUUUGUGUUGCACACAUUUUAAAUCGGUCUGCCUUUUUUUUGUUACAUCGCUUGGAUUCAUAGGUAGUUUAAAGUCUGGUGAGUGUAAAGAGUUUAAAUGUGAGGAGAGAGCGCGAGAGAGAUAGAAUGUGAAUGUUUAAUAUAUAGUUAAUGACGUCUAUCAGGAUUCCAGCUGCGUGAACAAAGCCUUAUCUGAGUUAUUAGCAAUCUGAAUGACUUGCACACAUCAUUGUCAUCAUUGUUUUCUUUCUGUUGUUGCAGUAUUUUUUUUUUCCUUUGUAAAUUGAGUAUCAUGUGUUGUUUUUCAUCAGGUGUUUUGUUUUCGUCCGACAGUUUUAUUCUAUUUUUAAAACAUUGCAGAGGAUGGCGGGUAAAUCAUAGAUCGUCUAGACUGUAAAAAGAAACACUCAUGUGGCCCCUCCAGCUUCCUCUGCCACAUUCCCUCUGUGAUUGGAUGCUUUCUUUUCUUUAUCAGUAUUUGUUGUUGUUGUUGUUGUUGUUGUUUUUCCUGUUCUGUUAAAAACUAAAUGAAGGCAUGAUGCCACAGGUAAGAGAACAAACUCGUGUGAGUCUGGUGGAUGCAGCUCCAGACUGUUGUUGUGGAUGUAUCGCUGAGCCGAGCGGUGGCGUCUCGCUCUCCUGGGCUUCUCUUUGGAAACUAUCAUUCCUUCACUCUUGUGUUUUCACAUCCAGAGAGAGAGAGUUGGCUGUACAAUAAUAACACAGACAUUAUAAAUGGUCAUUGUUUUUAUCAGCGUUAGCAUAAAUUGUGCCAUUAUAUAUAUAUAUAAAAAAAACAAAACAAAGUAAAUGAAUAAGAUUAAAACAGCAUAUCUCGUGACCCCAGCUCUCAUGAACGACGACGCUGAACUCGGCACCGAGCGACGUCCCCUCUCUACACCCACGUGUACAUUUGACAAACUGGACUGUUUGUAGUUUCUGGUAGCUGUGCGUAGUGAAUGUGUUCACUGUUUAGAAACUAAGAAACUUGGAAUACAUUGUCAAAAGUGUAAAAGUAAAAUAAAAGAAUUCAAGCACUG